CCCCGCGCCUCGGCGGCGCACACACAAACCACCAGCUCUGCUCCUCCGGUCAUUCGACAGGGGAGACCCCGGCGUGUGCGGACGUCGCGUCGAGAGCGCCUUCUCUCUCCCGUGCCGUGCGCGCUUGCUCGGCGAUCUCGCGCUACGUUCCUUUUCACGUUGCACGCGCGAGCUUGUGUUGUGCGCGUCUUCGGCGACUGGCUGUGCCUUGGUUUUUCCAUUCCCCUUCUCAUCGGUGUGUGAUUUCGCUUUUUUUUCCUGUAUUUUUUUUUCUUUGAACAACGCCCCAUACCUGGAUUAAUGAGAGCAACGAGACCGGACGAAGCGGACCUCCGUCCUCUGCUGCUCCCGAGUCUUCUAUGAGAGUCGCCUGGGACAACUGAAACCCUGACGGCGACCGCGAUGUACUACGCGAGCUUCUUCCCUCCGGCGGUGCGGCCGUUCGACGGCCGCGGCCCGCUGGACGGCGUGACCGCCGCUGCGGCAGCGGCUGCGCUCGCCGGCUCGGCGGGCGUCCGCGGGGAGCGCGGCGAAAUUCCGCUGGACCUGUCGCUCAAGCACGUGCGGCCCGAUGGGCCCGAGGCCGCGGCAGCCGAGGAGCUCCUGCUCCUCGAGCACCGCAAGCUGGCUGCUGCCUACGGCCGGCACCUGCUCGACCCGGCAGCCUUCCUGCGGCUACAGCACUAUCAGCAGCGAGUCGCCGCCGACGCCUUCCUGCAGCAGGCAUUCGGGAGCGCCGCAGCGGCGCAGCACCACGCCAUGGCCGCCGCCCGGCUGGGCUGCCUGGACCAACAGGUGGCCUUCCACUCCACCGCUCGGGCCGCUGCGCCUUCCACCGCCGCCUUCCUGGAGCCGGCAGCCGCGCUGGCGCUCAGCAUGCGUGGCGCGGGAGCGCCUGCCCUGGCACCGGGAGACCUGGCCCGGUCGCUGUACCCUCCUACGGCGGCUACCGCACUGCCCGCCGGCUACUCCUCCAUGUUCGCCGACAUGAUGCCCAAGCCGGACCCGUGCCGCCUGGCCGACGACGCCAAGGCUGGCUCGUACCCGCGCGCCAAUGGCGUGUCAGCCUCCGCCGCGGACAAGGCCUCCUCGUCGUCCUCCUACAUCGCGGACCCAGUGCGUUACGCGGCCGAACACAUGCACAGGCUGCAGGAGAGCCAGACGUCGGCCAAGUUCGCCUCCACUUCGGGCUCGGCGCAGACCACGAGCACUUCCUCCACCUCGUCUUCGUCGUCAUCUAGGGAGCAUAAAAAGUCGUCCUCCAACCGCCACACGACGGACACGUCCACGUCGUCCACCUCGUCCGCGUCGUCGUCGACGGCUGCGUCAAACGCCGCGGCAGCCGCCGCCGCAGCCGCGGCCCUCAACCUCCUGGGUCCGAGGCCCUCGCUGGGCGGCGGCCUCAGCUCGGCAUUCGGCGAGACGGUCAAGCGGGAAGACUACCUAAACGCCGCCGCGCACCUGCCCUUCUACCCGGGAUGGGGCCUGCCCCCGCUCAUCCCGCCACCCACCACGACGCCGCUGCUGACGACGCCGAGCCCGCAGAAGAAGAAGGACUCGUCGUCGCGCUCCUCGGACCGAUCUUCGUCCGAGUCGCGAAACAACAGCCGGAGCAGCAGCAGCCACCACGGCAAGUCUUCGUCGAGCAAGCGCUCAUCUUCGUCCUUUUCCUCCAACAACGUCGACCACCACCAGCAGCAUCACCAACACAUAAGCGACGUGGUCGUCAUCGACGAAGAGCAGCGGUCCCGGCUCACCUCCUCUCUCAGGCUCGGCUCGUCCAGCGGUGGCCGGCCCCCGCCGCCCCCUGAGCCGGAGCGCGCCAAGAUGCCCCGGCUCGAAGCGAUGCAGCCGCCGGACGAGGCCAAGACCUCGCACGCCGGCAGCAACGACGGCGGCAAGCGGCCAGCCGUCAAGAGCCCGCUGAGCCCGCCGCCGCUCAUCGCGGCGGUGCCGCCGGCGACGAGUCCCAAGACGGCCGAGCCAUCGGCCGCGCCCGGGGCUCUGCUCCUGGGCAAGCCGACCCUGCCCGCGGCUUCGACGACGAGCGCGACGGCGGCGAGCCUGCACGGCAAGCACAGCAACCACCACCACAGCAAGCUGACCACGCCGCACGACGAGAAGCCCACGCUGAACUUCUUCUUCCGGGACCACAAGGCAGCGGCAACGGCGGCGCCCUCGAGCGUCGCUUCGGUGCCGCGCACCACGGCCGCGGACGUCAUCGCGCAAGCGCAUCAGGCGCACCUGCAGUACCUGCAGCAGUUGCACAGCAGCAACGGCGGUCACGUAUUACCCCCGUCGUCGGCGCUGGCCGCCAUGGAGGCUCCCUCCGCGUUCGGCGUCACAUCGCCCGUCAAGGAGGAAAGCCCCCGCUCGGCGCAUCACCACCACCACCACCUCCCGGCGACGGCAUCCAUGACAGCUUCGACGGUGACGCCAUGCAAGGACGCCACGGCGGCGCACGCCAAGUCUUCGCCGCCGCCGCAGGACCGGGUCAAGGAGCCGAGAACAGUCGAGGCAACGACGGUGCGGAUCCAGAAGGAAAACGGCGGUGUUCGGUACUCAAUUCACCCCAAGAAGCGCAAGCUCGACUCUGACGAGCAGUCUCCGCCGGCCACUCCGCCUUCGGUGCUUGCGGCUUCGUCGGCGCCCGCCUCCUCCUGUGAAGAGAACGACGCCUUGUCUAGUCGUGCCUCGCGUAGCCCCGAGCGUAUCGUCGAGUCGGCGUCGCGCCGCCGGCCCCAGAGUCACUCGGCCGACUCCGUGCUCUCUUCGCUGAGGCCCGAGCUGCGCCAGCGCAGGAUGCAGUACCACGCGGUGCGCAGGCGCAAGCUGCGCUCGGGACUCGACAUGAUCCGCCGUCGCAAGAGGACAAGCACGACCGCCGCCGCCAAGCUGGCAGGAAGGAGCGACCGCAAGCCCUUCGGCGAGCUGAACUACAGCGCGCCGCCGGAUCUCAGCAAGAUUCCACUGAACAAGUCCACGGGCGAGACGGUCCUCCACCGCGCAGCCCGCCUUGGUCACGUGGAUCUGGCCUGGUGCUGCCUCGAGUCCCGUGAGGGCGGCUCGGUCGAAUCGUGCGACGUGAACGGACAGACCCCGCUGCACGAGGCGGCCUCCCGCGGACACCUGCGCGUCGGGCGAGCGCUGCUGCAGUGCGGAGCCGACCCCAACGCAUGCGCGCACAACGGAAGGCGGCCCCUGCAUGACGCCGUUGAGAAAGGCCACGUAGAGAUGGUGCGACUGCUGUUGUCAUAUGGCGCCGACGCCAUGCUCACGACGGGCUCCGGACUCUCACCUCUCGAGCUGGCCAGGUCGCCCAUCAUGGUUGAACUGCUCAGAGGCUUCCUCUCUGACAUGGCCGGCGAGAGUAUAGACGGAAGCCCCGUGUUGCCGUGGCACUUUCCCGGCACAGCCUCUCUCAUGGAUCCGAAGGAUACCGGCUUCGACGUCCUGGCCGGUGCGCCCGCCGAGGACUCUGGCGACGACAUGCUCUUCCAAGCGAGCGAGUCGGCGCAGAUAGCCACCUACCGGCUCGGCCCACACCUGGCCGGCACAUCGGAACAAAGCUGCAGCGAGUGCGUCCGGCUCGACGACGUCCUUCAGCGCCUGCGCAUCUCGGCCGAAGAGUUCCGGCAGCGGUUCCCGGCCGUCGAGGUGCUCGUGCUGCCCGCGCACGAACUGCGCGCCAAGACCACGACCCCGUGGCUGGACGCCGAGGCGGUGGCGAACCCGCUCGAGUCGAGCGGCGCACCGGCGGCCUCGUCGUCCUCCCCGCCUUCGCCGCCGCAGCCGGUGGCCGCCGUGCCGGCGCUCCGGUUCGACGCCACCGUGCGCAGCAUCCUCGGCCUGCACAACCCCAUCCCGCGAUGAGCGGCUGCCGACGGUGUCACACUACGUCAUCGCCCCUCCUCCGCCGCCGCGUAGUCAUUACCACCAAGAGUGUCGCCCUUUAGGACCACCGCUCGCCCUCCCGUCCACAGCUCGUCCGAAGCCGAGCGGUACGCCGGACCAGCGGGCCGUGCGCGGCCGCUGUCGCCCCCCCUGAAGUGGACGCCCGGCCCCCCCUCCUACCAGCCACCACCACUGGCGCUGGCGCCAGAUGAGACACUGCAAGAUCGCGCUACCGAGUGCGCGCGGCUCGCGAAACACGCUGUGCAGACACUGAACGAAACCGUGACGCGUUGUUGCCGCGCGCAGCGUGUGUAUGUGUCAUCCAGGGGGCGCCGCGUGUCGUUUUCGCCGCUACGGACGACGCAUCGACACGACGACCGCGAGGAAGAAAACAGAACAGUGCUGGAGUUUGCGCGUGUGGGACGUUACCAGACGUGCGCGCGGAACUUGCCACUGACUGUUGUCGCCGCCGCCGCCGCGUUUGUCGGGACGUUGUGCAAAUCGACGUGCAGCGGACGAUUUCUCGCCGUGUCGUAGCGUCCGGUGUGUUCUAUAUUACCCGGCGUUGGGAGCCCACGCUUGCGCGCAUGCGCGCGCACCCGUGCCCGACCUCCGGCGUUUACCGUGGUUUGUGCCGUAUUCCAUUUUCAGUCAUUUCUUCCCUGUACCGGUCUAAACUGGCUACCCGCGUUUAUUAUAAGUGCAUCGCUUUCCCCACAUUGUGUGCCCUUGAUGGUGCGUGCUCUAUAUAGCUCCACGCUGCGUCUAUUAUUAUGCGUCCCAGGAUGCUCCUGUAAAAAAAAUAAGGGGAGGGGGGAAAGACAGAACGAGAAAGUAAACGAGAAGGGCAUUUUAGGGACUGUUCAACGCUUGGCUUUCCCUUGGCCGUUAUUUAUAUGUUGGCGCGCUUGCUUCCCGCUAUCGUAGCGCGCGAAUCCUGGAAAGCGCUGUUAGCGCAUCUCUUACAUUUCCCUGCUGUCAGCAUCUAUCUCUCUCUACACUCGCGCCUGUUGAUGUUCCCGCACGAUGUUGCGCUAUCUCUCUGUAAGGUAAACGUGUGCCGUGAACGUUGUUGCGUAUAACUCUAGCGAGAUGUCCAAACAGCCACCGCGCGUUUACACACCUACAAGUGCCACUCACGUUAGCUCUUGUGGGCAAGGGGAGGAGUGUGUUUGCCGGAUUGCCUGUAAAACAAAACAAAAACAAAAAAACCUAAAAAACAAGAACGCCGCGUGUAUUCCUUACAUGUCUUGUUUUCCCACGAUCACCCGAUACGUCGUUGAGAGACUCUGAGUCCAACCGCGUACUCUUUCCGUCAUGAUAUCGUCUAGUUGUCUCGCAUGAACAGCAGCCCAGUCACCAGCAAUGUCAAUACAUGAGCCUGGUGUAUAUACAUAUAUUAUUUUCUGUCCGAGUUCCCUCUAUUUUAAUUUUUUUUCUGUCGUUUGGCGAAGAGCUUUCAAAGCCCGCAAGGUCCUUCAGCUGUUUCCUUCCCUUCUUUUGUAUCAUACGUUCUUUCGGGGUAAAAGGGAAUGCACAAAUGCUGCUGAUGUGCAGCUUUACAGCGAGCCCUAGUGAGCAAACACGCGCUGGUGAUCGUGAUCGUCGUUUCAAGCCGAGGCGUCAUUGGGAAGCCUAGUCGUCGCGAAAGUUGCAGCGAUGGCUUCUCUUCUAAGUCCCUGUUGUAGCGUAGCGCAGUGUGCGCUGUAUGUGCGUGUCAAUCCAUCUGAGAAAAAUAGCAAGUGCAGAGCGAUGAUGUAUCGAGGAACUAUAUAUAUUUUUUUUCUUUGUCGCCGCGAGAGGGCGAAGCAUUUCUUCGCCGUUGCGUCGUCGCAUUGUCCGUGACCCACUCCUCCGAAUAAUCUUUCGUGUCGCCUCUGUUCUUGGCUUCUGCGUAAGCUUACGUUUUCGUCUUCUUGGUUUCGUUCUCAAGCCGACGCGCCAUCUGCGUCGCAUGAGUCACGUGUUGAUGAUGCUUCACACCUGCCACAAGUGCGUGCGAAAUGUGGAAGAAUUUACGCGACCAUUUCUCUCUCUGUGCUUCGGCAAGAGUUCCUUUUCUUGACACUAUUCUUUGUGCUUAGUCAAAAUCUUGGACGCAUUGGCACUUGGUAUCUGAAUCUUUCCCCACGCGGCCUGUAUUUCUCCUCUGCUAUUAUGGGUGAUGCGCAGACGGUGUCGGGGUGUAUAGAUACAGGUUAGGCCAACACAGUGUUCAUUGGCGUAGCCUUGUCGUUAAAAAAAAGCUGCGCUAAAUCAAAUGCGCAACGACACACUUGGUUUGGAACGAACACGGUCAGUUAUGUUGAUUUCCAUUUCUUAAUUUUAUGACUUGUACUCCGGACUGCUUAGGAGGGAGUAAGAUAUGAGGGGAAAUAAGUUGCUGAUUUCUCCGGUUUGGAGUAAUUCGGGUCCGAAUGAGAAAAAAACGUUCAACAGCAAACAGUCUGCGUUUCUGUUUGCCAUUAUUAUUAUAUUUUUAAGUCCUUGUUUUCACACCCCCUUGCCUUAGGGCAUGCCUCGCGUGUUGCUUGAGUGUGCCCUUGAAUGCCGCGUGCAUCGUGCCUGUUUCGCUUUAAAACCCGCGCUAGACAGAAAAAAAUAAAAUAAUAUAGACAUCUUUGCGCAUCUGCCGGCUUCGCCGCGCGCUUUCAACGCCUUUUGGCCGCAGAUGUUCCCGCGGCUGUUCCUUGCCGUCGACAUGUAAUCUACAAAAAGGAAAGCUUUCGCGAUAUUCCGUUGUUUAGAGCGCACGGCUUUGCCCCGCGACCUUCGAAUCAUUCCUUGCUUUGUUGUCUCCGCGAGCCCUUAUUACAUGACCACUUCUAGGAGGGGUGCAAAAACAAAAGAAAGAACACGUGUACUGCUGUCAGCUUUCGCAGAGUGUCUUAAAUGUAAGAGGAAGAUUUAAAGGAAAAAAAAAAGAUUACUGGUUGCUGAAACUACCUGCACUGUUCGUUGUUUCGGACCCAUUGUCCACGUGCCUAUAGAGGAAAGUUUCUCUCGACUAUUUGACAUCUCGUUCUUUCUCAUAGCCGUGUUUCGCCGUGUGUGUUUGUGCGUGGGUGUGUCUUGGGUGUUGUCUCCGUGUGUGUACACCCGCGCCAUGAUCAGCAGUACGGGGGUGUCGGCCGUAAUGACCCGCGUAGACGAAUUGCCUGACGUUGUUGACCUCUCACUGUUGCCCCCCGUCGUAGUGAUGACGAUCACAGCACGUGCUUAGAGAAAUAUGUGUGCGCGCGCAAAACACGCUUUCCGUCGCGGCUCGACCAUUUUUUUUUUUUU